AUGUCCGCCCCCGAAGUCGAUGUCUUAUCAAGCAGGUUGGUAUGCCCUGACUGCUCGCAGUGGAUCACGCUGGACGAGUGGUCAACGGAUGAAGAUCGGUUCAAAACAUGGCACGAACACAGGAGUCAAUGCCAGCAAGCUUAUAGUACGCAGGCACGUAUUGAAGAACCCCGCGAAGACUUGGGACCUAGGACGUAUCAUGAAGAGCACCGUAUUGCCUUCUUUCAAGAUGAGGAAUACGUAGACGAGUUCCGCCCGCAUAGGAGGCUAGAGGUUGUUCGCCUUCUAACGCAUGAGGAUUCCUCAAAUGAGUUCCCUUCAGAUGAGUCCCUCGAGCUCGCGGGCACUCCAUCGUAG